AUGAACCUGAAUCUUUCAGCUUCACUCAAUGCCGCACGGCUGCUAUUCAAGCCUAGCAUGUGCUUGCCACACCACACCGUUUCAACAUUCAACGAUCUGCCAAUCCCUCUGGACAAGGGAUUGAGAAGCAAUGGCUACAAGUCUGACAUCAGAGCUGUAGUUCUCGACAAAGAUGACUGCUUUGCUUACCCAGAUGCCAAGGAGGUCUAUGAACCAUACAAGAAGCGCUUUGACUCCCUCAAAGAGGCAUAUCCAGGCCGCAAGCUUUUGGUGGUAUCCAAUACCUCCGGGGCCACCAGUUGGGACAAAGACCUGAAGCAAGCCGCCGAGGUUGAAAGAGGCACCGGCGUUCACGUACUACCACACGCUGUGAAGAAGCCGGGAUGCGGAUCCGAAAUCAUGGAAUACUUCAGGCAGCACCCAGAGACCGGGGUGACGGACCCGUCGCACAUUGCCGUAGUUGGAGACAGAUUGACAACAGACAUGAUGCUUGCGAAUAUGAUGGGUAGCUGGGGCUUCUGGAUAAAGGAUGGCGUAGUGCCUAUGCAACAAAAGAGCAUUUUUUCCAAAAUGGAACGCAACCUUGCCGUGUUUCUUGCUGAUUAUAGAGGUCUGCAGCCUCCACGACCUCACGGCCGGGUCAGUGAAUUCUAA